UGUAAAAAGUCCAUUAUUGUAUGGGCGUUCAUUAUAUUUUGCAAUUAUUUUAUAGUGCAUUUAUGUGAAGCAGUAUAUUUUUUAAAGUGUAUGGUAUAUUUUAACGGUCAAGACGCGUCGCAAAGCUAACGACGCCAAAAUUGUAUAUUGUGAAAUGAUUCAAAGACGAUUUAUUUGCAUAUAUUUUGGAAAAAAUUAAUAACUGAUGAAAUUACGAGGCAGAGAAAAGUAUAAAUUAGUGAAACUAACAUUUGGCUUACAACCAAACACAAGCAACGUAACUAAAUUGCCCCCGAGAGUGCAACAAACGACGCGCAAUGGCACAAAACAUCAGCCCUGAACAGAGUGGUGCUGGUGGCAGUAGCAAACACAGCGAUGACUCGCUGCCUGUCAAAGACAAUCAUGCUGUGAGUAAAAGACUGCACAAAGAACUCAUGAACCUAAUGAUGGCCAACGAGAAGGGCAUCUCAGCAUUUCCGGAUGGUGAAAACAUCUUUAAAUGGGUCGGCACUAUUGCAGGCCCCAUAAACACGGUGUAUGCGAGUCAAACGUAUCGCUUGUCGCUCGACUUUCCCAACUCAUACCCGUAUGCGGCGCCAGUGGUUAAAUUCCUAACUCCAUGUUUUCAUCCCAACGUCGAUCUGCAAGGCGCCAUUUGUCUAGACAUCUUGAAGGACAAGUGGUCAGCGUUGUACGAUGUGCGCACCAUAUUGUUAUCGAUACAAUCGCUGCUCGGCGAACCGAAUAACGAGAGUCCACUGAACGCGCAGGCCGCCAUGAUGUGGAAUGAUCAAAAGGAGUACAAAAAAUACCUAGACGCCUUCUAUGAGAAGCACAAGGACACCUAAACCUAAACCUAGCAAGCAAAACUAACUACUACUACAACAACAACAACACCAAAACUGGCAGCGACCGUUUUAUCCUAAUUCUCUAUGCUCAUAUUGCGGCGUAUUUAUUUACAUUUCGUGGAUGUCUGGUGCUUGCAACACCAAGCACACCACUCUCAACACCAUCAUCACCACAUCCCCUUAUAUUCCCCUAACUCACUUAUAUUUCUAUAUAUUAUAUAGUUUAUGCUAAU